AUGACCGAAAUGCCUCUAUUAGAGCGUUGCAACGCUCGUUACAUGUCUAAGCCCAAUGCUCGCCCCACACUACGAACAGCGAAACUGAAUCUCAUGGCUAUGGCUAUAGGAGCUAUCUUUCUUUACAUCCCACUGUUUCUUGUACUGUAUAUAUUAACGGAGCACUUCCUUCACAAGAUCAGAAACCUCCCGCCCACCCCUUUCCCAUCAAUACCUAUCCUUGGCCAUCUCCACCUCUUGAAAAAACCCAUAUACCGCUCUCUAUACAACAUCUCCCACCGCUACGGUCCCGUUGUGUUCCUCCGAUUGGGGUAUCGCUCGAUCCUGAUCGUGUCGUCUCCUUCUAUAGCCGAAGAAUGUUUGACUAAGAACGACAUCGUCUUUGCAAACCGACCUCGUCUCCUCAUAUCCAAGUGUUUCGGGUACAACAAUACGAAUCUCGUAUGGUCAUCCUAUGGGGACCAUUGGCGCAACCUCCGUCGAAUCUGCACCGUUGAGAUUUUGUCCACUCAUCGCCUUCAUAUGCUUUCUAUUGUUCGUUUGGAAGAGGUUAGAUCUUUGAUUCAACGGUUGUUGAAAUGUGAAAAUCAAUUAGUUAACAUGAAGCAUGAGUUUUUCGAUUUAACUUUCAACUUGAUGUUGAGGAUGAUUGUUGGGAAACGUUUCUAUGGAGAUGACGUGGAUGAUGUUGAUGAGGCAAAAUUAUUUAGAGAGUUACAAGCUGAGUCAACUCGGUUGUCUGGUAAAUCUAAUAUAGGAGAUUUUAUUCCAUUAAUAAAAUGGUUGGGAUUUGGUUCAACUUUGGAGAAAGAUAUGAUGAAUUGUCAAAAUCGAAGAGACACUUUGAUGCAAAGUUUAAUUGAGCAACAUCGAAGAAGAAGAAUGACAGAAAUCGACGAUUCAUUUCGUGAUGGAAGGAAGAAGACGAUGAUUGAAGUAUUAUUAGAGUUACAAGAAUCUGAACCUGAACAAUAUAAUGAUGAAACUAUCAGAGCACUAAUGCUACUUAUGUUAGUAGCUGGUACAGAAACAUCAGGGAGCAUAAUGGAGUGGGCUCUAUCUCUUUUGUUAAACCAUCCAACAAUUUUAAAGAAAGCACAAACCGAAAUCGACCAUCAAGUUGGCCACGAACGUUCGAUUGACGAAUCCGACAUGGCCCACCUUCCCUACCUACGUGGCAUAAUCAACGAGACCCUUCGGAUGUAUCCUCCAGCUCCAUUACUAGUACCUCAUGAAUCAUCAGAAGACUGCUCUGUUGGAGGCUACCAUAUUCCACGUGGCACUGUGCUAUACAUCAAUAUAUGGGCCAUUCAAAACGACCCCAAAAUUUGGGCCCACCCAAGAAAAUUUGACCCCGACAGGUUUAACGGGCAUGAAAGUGAAAAUUACAGGUUCAAUUUGAUGCCAUUUGGGUUGGGUAGAAGGGGGUGUCCAGGAGAGGGAUUGGGCCUACGAAUGAUUGGGCUUGUAUUGGGCUCAUUGAUUCAAUGCUUUGAAUGGGAGCGUCCUAGUGAACAAUUGGUGGACAUGACAGAAGGGAUUGCAAUCACUAUGCCCAAGGCCCAACACUUACAUGCUAAAUGUAGGCCCAGGCCCAUAAUUGUCAAUCUUCUCUCACAAACCAAGUCCAGCCCCCGCCCAUCGACUAUUGUAUAG